CACAAAAACAGUUCUCACUGCUUAGAGGACUUUUCAGGAUGUGGCAAUGACCCUAAAGAGGAAGUCCAUCUGGCAACUUGGACAAGAUGUUUGCAACAAUCAGCUUGGUGGUAGCACUGACAGUGGUUGUAACCUUUGUCAUUUCUGAAAAAUCAGACAAGUAACAGAAGCUAGUAAAUAAAGACUACUGCAUCUUAUGACUGGAGAUUUUCUUGAAAGGGGAAGACAACAUGGGAGGAAGUCACCCUAAACCCAAAACUGACAUCUUCAUGACAGUCCCACCAACCAGCCCUGAGCCUUGCCUCCUCAGUCACCUCAAAAAAGAACAUUUACUCUUGGCCUUUUUUGCUGGAGCUCUACUGACUCUGCUGCUGCUGGCCUUUGUCUUCCUCAGCAUGAAGAGCUGCAGAAGGUGUCACUCCAGUUCCCAGGCCCUGGAUUCUCAUUCAGAUCCUCCUACCAAGCUUUCAACCAUACAAAAAGACUCACUCACCUAUGCCAGCAUGACUUUCAGACCUUCAGAAGAAAAGAACAAUCACUUGACUAAAAAUAGCUCCUCAGACCUGGAUCCUGUUGUCUAUGCUCAGGUUAAAGUGACAAACUCACAGUUGCCUCUUCAAUGAGGCUUUAAUUCUUCUCAGUCCCCACCCUCGUCCUUUUUUUCCUUUUUACAAAUUUG